CUGUAAAAAACAUAUACACAAAUUACCAAAUAGCUUGUUUGGUCUGCCCUAUGCACAAAAUGUACAAUUUGUCCAAUGUGCUUAACUUUAUAAUAUGCAUGGCGAGCUUCAGCCAAUCAUUCGAUGGCACCUUGGCGGUUAAACGGGGACCGCAUCAUCCGCGAGGCGAGACCCGACGCGUGGACCAGCAUCUAACACACGAGGAGCACCGCAUCGAUGAUGAUCUUAGGGACAUGGGUAUACAGGCGAGCUUGGAUGAUAUGAGCGAGGAGGAAAAGAUAUUCUACAUGUUUAAGGCUCACGACAAUGAUAACAACAAUGCCCUGGAUGGUCUUGAGAUGAUACAAUCGGCCAUGCAUCAUAAUUAUGAUUACUUCAAGAACAGCGAACGCGACGAUUACCUGCCAAAUGCAAGCGAAGACCUAGAUCAUUUUAUAGAGGCCAUUGACAAGUUUCUACUGAUUGCGGAUGAUAACAACGAUGGGCUGCUGCACUAUCCGGAGUUUGUGAAGGCCGUUACCGGCGGCAAGGAGCAGUUGGCCCUGGAGAGAAAUUUGCUGCGCUGAACUAAAUGCAAGAUACCUCAUCUGGACACAAUAAUAGAUAUAGCUUAGUUAAAUUCUAGCAUUUAGCAUAUGUAUUUCCAUGUUGAGCCAAUGAGACUGUACAGAAUCCACAUACACACACAUGAACACAUUUAAACAUAUACACUCUAGCCGCAGCCUAAAGCAAUACUACAAUAUCACUAUA